AUGGUUUCUAACAUGGUUAACGGCACUGCCAGCCAUUCCUUGGAUCUGACCGUCCUUGGUUUGAACAGUGGGACAUCGAUGGAUGGCAUCGACUGUGCCCUUUGCCGCUUCUGCCAGGAGACUCCCGAGUCGCCGAUGCACUUUGAGCUUCUGAGGUACGGAGAGAUCCCGCUGGAGCCGGUAAUCAAGAAGCGGGUGAUGAACAUGAUCCUGCGCAACCAGACCUCGCCGUCUGAGUUGUCAGAAGUGAACGUCAUCCUGGGCGAAACGUUUGCGUUGGCAGUGCACCAGUUCUGCAAGGACUACCACGUCGACAUUGACUCGAUUGAUGUGUUGGGCUCCCACGGCCAGACGAUCUGGCUGCUCUCCAUGCCCGAGCCAGGCGAGACUCGGAGCGCACUGACGAUGGCCGAGGGCUCAUUCCUGGCCUCGCGCACCGGUAUCACCUCAGUGACGGACUUCCGCGUGAGCGACCAAGCUGCCGGGCGCCAGGGUGCUCCGCUGAUUGCCUUUUUUCACGCUAGUGCUGCACCACCCGACCAAGUUGCGCGCCUGCCAGAACAUCGGCGGCAUAGCCAACGCAAUGUCUUCAUCGAUGCCGUGGUGCGCCAUUAUACCAACGGUGAGCGCGAGUAUGACAAAAACGGUGAGAUGGGUGCGCGUGGUACAGUCGACCAGGAGCUCGUCGACGACUUCCUGCGCCAUCCGUACUUUGCCCUAGAUCCGCCCAAAACUACCGGCCGUGAGGUUUUCCGUGACACGCUCGCGCAUGACCUUAUCACCAAGGCAGAAGCCAAGAGGCUUAGUCCCGACGAUGUCGUUGCCACCAUCACCCGUGUCACGGCGCAGGCUAUUGUGGACCACUACCGUCGCUAUGCCCCAAAAGACCUAGAGAUUGCCGAGAUCUUCAUGUGUGGCGGCGGGGCGUAUAAUCCCAACAUCACGGCAUUUAUCCAGAAGUAUUACCCCAACACUCGCAUUAUGAUGCUGGAUGAUGCCGGUAUUCCCGCUGGCGCCAAGGAGGCCAUCACCUUCGCCUGGCAAGGUAUGGAGGCAGUGGUGGGCCGUUCCAUUCCUGUUCCCACACGUGUCGAGACUCGUCAAGAAUAUGUGCUUGGAAAGGUGUCUCCAGGCAAGAACUACCGCAAGGUCCUGCGCCAAGGUAUGCUUUUUGGUGCUGGCCGCGAUCAUCUCUCCCCAGUAAAGGAACUGGUCAACUAUGUCGAUGGCAAAGUUUUCAACAACAAGUGGUAA